GUGAGGAACCAGGAAACAACCUUCCUCUCUGCGGUUUUCAUCGUAUUUCCUGCCUAAUAUAAAAAGGGAUUAAAAUAACAGGAUCAAGACACUGAAACCCCUCAGCAGCAGUUCAGAAAUAACUCAGACUUCACACAGAAAUCAUUACAAACGCUUGUAAAAAUACGCGCUAUGUACAAUACAUUUAAAUGGCGCCGGUUCUCCAAAGCGGCAGAAACGACGAGGACUGGAUGUCAACAUUACCAGAGGAACUGUGGGACAUUCCCCUGACUGACCUAACCAUACCAGGAAGUCAUGAUGCCAUGAGCUACUGUCUGGAUAUCACCUCUCCACUGGUCAGAUCUGAGUCUGAUUCCUUUCGACUCCUGGAUAGACUUUUCUACUGUAUUACCCGCCCCAUCAUUUACAAAUGGGCCACUACCCAGGUAAAAAACAUUGUGGAGCAACUACAAGCUGGUGUCCGUUACUUUGACCUUCGAAUUGCACACAAACAGAAUGAUACUUCUGAUGAUCUUUACUUUACUCAUGUUAUCUACACCCAAGUCACAGUUGUGGAAACGCUACGCUGUAUUGCUGAAUGGCUCAAAGCUCACCCUAAAGAGAUAGUCAUCCUGGCUUGUAGUCAUUUUGAGGGGUUAAGUGAAAACAUGCAUGAGGAAUUUAUUUACUGCCUAAAGAAAAUAUUUGGUUUAAAGCUGUGCCCUUCCAACGCUGAUAUUACCUUGCGGGGUCUGUGGUCAUCAGGCUAUCAGGUAAUUCUUUCAUAUGAAGAUCAGACAGCAGAACGUCAUAAAGAGCUAUGGCAUGAAAUCCCUUACUGGUGGGCGAACAAGGCCAAUGCUGAGGAACUUCUUCUGUAUCAUGAGUUUCAGAAACAGCAAAGUCGUCCAGAAGGCUUUUUUGUAACAGGCCUGAACUUGACUGCCACCCGAUGCUUCAUUGGUUCCAACCCACAAGUGUCUCUGCAGAGCCUGACCAUGGAGAACUGGAAGUGUGUAAGGCGUUGGCUGGAGGAUCAGAAAACUGGAUCUGAGUCGACAAGCCUCAACAUCAUUGCAGGGGAUUUUAUUGGCUGUAUUCCGUUAUGCCCAAUUGUUAUUGAUCUUAAUAAGAGACUGCUUAAUAAAAGUGGUCAUUAAGGCAGCUCAAGAAUUGCUAAGCAAAGACAUUCUUAAACACAACUGUAUUUACUUGAGUUCAUACUGGCAGCGGCACAAUGCCAAGAGCCCAAAAGUCAUUAUGCUAAGAGGAGUAGAAGCAAAUAUUAUGGCAGUUGUAGCCUAGCAGUUAAUGUGCUGGAUUAGUAAUCAAAGGUCACUGGUUCAAGCCCCAUCACUGCCAGACUGCUGCUGUUGGACCCUUGAGCAAGGCCCUUAACCCUCAACUGCUCAGAAUGUGCAGUCACAGUACUGUAUGUCACUUUGGAAAAAGGCGUCUGCUAAAUGCUGAAAAUUUAUUAAAAACAAGGAACAGAGUCAUUAACAUGUCAAGGCUUCAUAUACUUUAUUUAAAUGUGAUCAUGAAAGGUUGGACAGCUACUCCAGCCUCACUUUCCCAGGAUGCCUUGUUUUUCAGUCCAUGAAAAUUUUAUAGCAGUUUAUCUCAGGGUUCUGUAGGCCGCUGGAUUUUCUUCUUACCAGUAUCAUUGAACCAUAUCUUUUUGGACCAUGCUGCACAAUAUAUAAAUAAAUAGUUUUAAGGAUAAACAAUGCAGCCCAAGGAAAUCUGGAAAUGCAGUAGUUACUGUAAUCCAUAGUCAAAAUCUGGUGAUUCCUCUUGGAAGGGACCAGCUGUAAACAUGAGUAAGCAGCAGCCGCAUGUCAAGUGAACUGUGAUUUGGAUAAUGUGUGGCAAAAAUUUGAUAAAUAAGUAAAAAAAACCAAAAAACACUGCUGAUGGGGGCCUAGGGUAGGAGAACA